GAGGACGCGACGCGAGCCCAGUUCCGGCGAGGAGGCCGCGCCAGUGACAGCGAUGGCGGCGGAGUCGGCGCUGCAAGUUGUGGAGAAGCUGCAGGCGCGCCUGGCCGCGAACCCGGACCCCAAGAAGCUAUUGAAAUAUUUGAAGAAACUCUCCACCUUGCCAAUUACGGUAGACAUUCUUGCGGAGACUGGGGUCGGGAAGACAGUAAAUAGCUAUCGAAAACAUGAGCAAGUUGGAAGCUUUGCCAGGGACCUAGUGGCCCAGUGGAAGAAGCUGGUUCCUGUGGAACGAAACAGCGACGCUGAUGAACAGGACUUUGAGAAGAGCAGCUCCCGAAAGCGACCUCGGGAUGUUCUUCAGAGGGAGGAGGAGAUGCAGGGGGAACACCAGGAAAACUGGAAAGCCUCCAGCAGCCAAUCCUACAGCCCUGAGCAUAGACAGAAGAAACACAGAAAACUCCCAGAGCUAGAAAGACCACACAGAGUGUCUCACAGCCAUGAGCGGAGAGAUGAGAGAAAGAAGUGCCACCGAGCAUCACCCCCAUAUUCUUCAGACCCUGAGUCUUCUGACUAUGGCCAUGUUCAGUCCCCCCCAGCUUCUGCUAGUCCCCAUCACCAUCAGGUGUUCAUGAACCAUUACAGGUCCCCAGAGGAGGACCACGAGGCCAUAACUCCUCAUCAGAAGCCUGGGAGAGGCCACAGUAAUGCCCUUCAGGACAGACUGGGGGUCAGUCAGGAACGGCACCUGGGGGAACCCCAGGGCAAAGGGGUUACGAACCAAAACAAGGAGCACAAAACUUCCCACAAGGAGAAGCGCCCUGUGGAUGCCAGGGGAGACGAGAAGGCCCCUGCUCUGAGCAGAGAGAAAUCACACAAGGCCCUUGCCAAAGAGGAAAGCCGAAGGCCACUAUCAGGGGACAGUAUUAAGGAGAAACAACCCUCUGGUGCUGUCAAGAAAGAGAAGGAAAGAGAAGGUAGCAGUCUGAAGAAGAAGUUCUCAUCCACCCUGGAGGUUGCUUCAGACAACCUCCUUAAAAAAACAAAACACAAGGAUUUGGAGAAAACCAAAUAUGAGAAGACUAAGCAAAGUGUGGAUGGGCUAGACAUCGGGAAGGGGGCUGGAGACCUGUUGCCCAAAACAAAAGAAAAGGUCUCCAACAACCUAAAGGCUCAAGAAGGGAAGGUGAAGACUUCUCAUUCAGGUAAAAAGUCCCUGAGCUCAUUCCAUAAAGAGGAGGAGGCAGAUGUGGACGAUGAAUUUGAGCAGCCCACCAUGUCCUUCGAAUCAUACCUCAGCUACGACCAGCCCAGGAAGAAAAAGAAGAAAAUUGUGAAAACUUCCACCACAGCACUUGGAGAGAAAGGGCUGAAAAAAAGUGAAUCUAAAAGCACUAGUAAAAACUUGGACUCAGUUCAGAAAUUGCCCAAGGUAAAUGAAAAUAAGUCAGAGAAGCUGCAGCUGGCUGGAGCUGAUUCAGCCAAGCCAAGAAAGGUCUCCAUGGAUGCUGUGCCAGUGCUGCCAGACCUGCCAUUACCUGCCAUCCAGGCCAAUUACCGCCCACUUCCUUCCCUUGAACUGAUAUCUUCCUUCCAACCAAAACGAAAAGCAUUCUCUUCACCCCAGGAAGAAGAAGAAGCUGGAUUCACUGGGCGCAGAAUGAAUUCCAAGAUGCAGGUGUAUUCUGGUUCCAAGUGUGCCUAUCUCCCCAAAAUGAUGACCUUGCACCAGCAGUGCAUCCGUGUGCUUAAAAACAACAUCGACUCCAUCUUUGAAGUGGGAGGUGUCCCCUAUUCUGUUCUUGAACCUGUUUUGGAGAGGUGUACACCUGAUCAGCUCUACCGCAUAGAGGAAUGCAAUCACGUAUUAAUUGAAGAAACAGACCAAUUAUGGAAAGUUCAUUGCCACCGAGACUUUAAGGAAGAAAGACCAGAAGAAUACGAGUCUUGGCGGGAGAUGUACCUGCGGCUUCAGGAUGCUCGAGAGCAACGGCUGCGAGUGUUAACCAAGAAUAUCCGAUCUGCACAUGCCAACAAACCCAAGGGCCGACAAGCCAAGAUGGCCUUUGUCAACUCGGUGGCCAAGCCACCCCGUGAUGUGCGACGAAGGCAGGAGAAGUUUGGAACGGGAGGGGCAGCUGUCCCUGAGAAAGUCAGGAUUAAGCCAGCCCCGUACACGUCAGGAAGCAGCCAUGUUCCCGCCAGUAGCAGCAAUAGCUUCACUGCCAGCCCAGAGGAGCCAGCCUACGACGGUCCCAGUACCAGCAGUGCUCAUCUGGCUCCAGUGGUCAGCAGCAGUGUGUGCUAUGAUCCUAGAAAACCCGCUGUGAAGAAAAUUGCACCAAUGAUGGCCAAGACAAUUAAAGCUUUCAAGAACAGAUUCUCCCGACGAUAAACUGAGGACUUGCCUUGGAGAUGGAAUUUGAGGGGGCAGAAAUACAGGGACAUGGGGGGCUGGGAAAGUGGACUUGCAAAGGAGCUGGGCAUCCAUCUUUUGUUAUGUGGAACCUUUUGGUCUGUCAGUGCUGCACGAUGACAGGGGUUGCCCCGAGCACCACAGCCCCCGCCCUGCCUGGAGCACAUGGCAGACUUCCGAGCGCGAUGUGAAGCCUCAGUCUCACUGAGGAUUUUAAGGUCACUUAUACUUUUGUUGCUGAUUAGCAUCUUUGUAAACUAUAAGACAUAGUUUUAAUGAAUAAAUAUUGCCCCAGAUUGUAUUUAUAUUA